AUGGUGACCGGUGUCCACGCCUCCAGUCCCGGGCCCCGAGAUCACAGCGGGGCUGCCAGCUGGGACUCCCGCCGCGCCGCACACGAACUGACAAGUCCCGGCAACCUGCCGCUGCAGCUUUUCCACAGACCUGAAGAGCUUCUUGCUUCCACCUCCUGGGGGGAGAUGCCGGGGAGCCCUCUCCCUCGAAUUUGGUGCAGUUUUGCACCUCGCUGUAGCCCCCAGAAAACGAAGACCACCAGAAGCCGAUUACAGGGGCUCCCCAGCUCCCCUACAGCUCAGCUGACUUCUGCCGCCUGGACGCUCGCUUAUGACGUAAUUUCCGAGCGCCCCCGGGCUCACGUAACUCGCGCGCCAAUUCGUCUAGGCGUCCGUCGCGGGUGGGUGGUUAGGAGCCCCUUGGAGGCGGCAGAGGAGAGGCUAGUUGAUGGGUGGCGCCGGGACUCCGCCCAGACCCAGCUGGGUAAGGGUGGCUGGCCGGGCUGGGCAGCAGCCCCACCGCCAGUCCUGCUGCAACUCCGAGUUUCGACAAACAGAAGAUUCCGGGUGCAUCUGGGUGACAAGUCUAGCAGAUGGAGACUUGUCUCAAGUGCUGAAAAGUCACCUUGGAGCGGUGGAGCCUCAGAGAAGUAUGUGGAGUCUAACACAGCCACCUACUUUUGGACAACUUCUGCAACCCCCGAGCUCUCCUUCCCUUAG